UCCCCGCUCGCUGUCACAUUCCUGCCGCCUGAGUCAGGCCCGGAGGCGGCGGCGGCGGCACCAGGAAGCGCCGGGCCCGGGCCAUGUAACCGAGCCGAGCCGAGCAGAUCCCGGCCCGGCGCGGCCAUGGGGGACGGGGCAGAGGAGGAGACGGUGGAGCUGCCGCUCACGGACGCAAACCUGACUGGCCAUGAAGAGAAAGUUGGCAUGGAGAACUUUGAACUGCUCAAGGUGCUGGGGACUGGAGCCUACGGAAAAGUGUUCCUGGUGCGCAAGAUGACAGGCCAUGACGUGGGGAAGCUGUAUGCCAUGAAAGUGCUGCGCAAGGCGGCCAUUGUGCAGAAGGCCAAGACCACAGAGCACACACGCACUGAGCGGACCGUGCUGGAGCAUGUGCGGGCAUCGCCCUUUCUAGUGACCCUGCACUAUGCCUUCCAGACUGGCUCCAAGCUGCACCUCAUCCUGGACUACGUGAGUGGUGGGGAGCUCUUCACCCAUUUGUACCAGCGCGAUCAUUUCAAGGAGGAGGAGGUGCGGAUCUACGCCGGGGAGAUCGUGCUGGCACUGGAGCAUCUGCACAAGCUGGGCAUCAUCUAUCGGGAUGUGAAGCUGGAGAACAUCCUGCUGGACAGCGAAGGGCACGUGGUGCUUACUGACUUCGGCCUCAGCAAGGAGUUCCUCACCGAGGAGAAAGAUCGCACCUUCUCCUUCUGCGGCACCAUCGAGUACAUGGCCCCCGAGAUCAUCCGCAGCAAGUCAGGGCAUGGGAAGUCCGUCGACUGGUGGAGCCUGGGGAUCCUGAUGUUUGAGCUGCUGACGGGGGCUUCGCCCUUUACCCUGGAGGGGGAGAAGAACACGCAGGCCGAAGUGUCCAGACGCAUCCUCAAGUGCCAGCCCCCGUUCCCAACUGUGAUUGGCCCCGUGGCCCGCGACCUGCUGCAGAAGCUACUGUGCAAGGACCCCAAGAAACGCCUGGGCUCGGGGCCCAAUGGGGCGCAGGACAUCAAGGAGCACCCCUUCUUCAAGGGCCUGGACUGGGUGGAAUUGGCCGCGCGGCGGGUGAAGGCUCCGUUCAAACCCAUCGUCCGCAGUGAGCUGGACGUGCGCAACUUUGCCGAGGAGUUCACCCGCCUGGAGCCUGUGUACUCGCCCGCUGGGACCCCCCCCCACCCGGACCGCGUCUUUCAGGGCUACUCCUUCAUCGCUCCCUCCAUCCUGUUCAACCACAACGCCGUCACCACAGAUGUGCUGGAGCUGGCGCUGAGCGGGGAGCGCCCGGGCAGUGCUGCCGUGGCACGCAGCGCCAUGAUGAAGGACUCUUCAUUCUUCCAGCUCUAUGACAUGGACCUGAAGGAGGCAGCGCUGGGUGAGGGCAGCUUCUCGGUGUGUCGCCGAUGUCAGCAGCGCCAGGGUGGCACCGAAUUCGCCGUCAAGAUCAUCAGCAAGAGGAUGGAGGUGAACACCCAGAGGGAGGUGAUGGCUUUGCAGCUGUGUGAGUCUCACCCCAACAUCGUCAAACUACACGAGGUGCAUCACGACCAGUACCACACGUACCUGGUGAUGGAGCUGCUGCGGGGGGGUGAGCUCUUUGACCGCAUCAAGAAGAAGCAGCAUUUCAGUGAGUCGGAGGCCAGUCAGAUCAUGCGCAGCCUGGUGUCAGCUGUCAGCUUCAUGCACGACGUUGGCGUGGUGCACCGGGACCUCAAACCUGAGAACAUCCUAUAUGCUGACGAGUCAGAGGGUGCCCCAGUGAAAGUGAUUGACUUCGGCUUUGCCCGCCUGCGCCCCUCAGGCUCACAGCCCAUGCAGACGCCUUGCUUCACGCUGCAAUACGCCGCCCCUGAGCUCUUCACCGACGAGGGCUAUGAUGAGUCCUGCGACCUCUGGAGCCUCGGUGUCAUCCUGUAUACCAUGCUGUCCGGACAGGUGCCUUUCCAGAGCAGCCAGGAGGGCGGCGCGCUGACCCAUGCGGCUGAGAUCAUGCACAAGAUCAAGGAGGGGCAGUUCUCACUGGAGGGCGAGGCCUGGAGGGGGGUCUCCGAGGAGGCCAAAGAGCUGGUCAGAGGGCUGCUGACCGUGGACCCUUCCAAGCGGCUGAAGAUGUCGACUUUGCGCUACAGCGAAUGGCUGCAGGACGGCAGCGCCCUCUCCUCCACCCCGCUCAUGACCCCUGAUAUCCUGGAGUCCUCAGGGCCUGCCGUGCGCUCAGGGGUCAACGCCGCCUUCAUGGCCUUCAACAAGGGCAAGCGCGAGGGCUUCUUCCUGAAGAGCGUGGAGAACGCCCCCCUGGCCAAGCGCCGCAAGCUCAAGAUGUCGAGCACGGGGGCCGAGGCCCGGCGCAGUUCCUCCUCCUCCUCCUCCUCUGGCUCCUCCUCAGCACUCCCCGCCCGGCCCCCCCGCCCCAAACCACCUGGCCGCCGCCACAACCCCCCCUCGUAGCACCUGUGGGGCAGGGAGGGGGGGCUAUUUAUUGUCUCUGUUGCUUGUGGGGGAGAAUGUGGGCGGGUAUCUCAUUUGGGGUUUUUUAGGG